AUGGGUCUGUUCGGAUCCGGUGACAAAAAGCCUGUUAGCUCGCGCGAGCGUGACCCACGCAUCGACGAGGCAUACGUGCUGCUCAACGCGGGUGAGUCGACGUUUGCCGCAGCGGAGGCGGCGGCCCGCUCUGUCGCACGUCUAUUCGGCCUCUCAUCCGCGUCUGCCAAGUACGAAGAGGCAGCCAGCUACUUCCAAAGGGCAGGAAACUACUUUAAACUUGCUAAAAAGUGGACUCAGGCGGGAGAGGCGUACCGGCGCUGCGCGGACUGCUAUGCUCACAUCAAAGACCACGAACACGAGGCGGCCUCCGCGUACGUGGACGCAGCCAACUGUCUGAAAAAACCGGAAGCCGACCCAGCGGCCGCGGUGACUGCGCUCGAGUCAGCGAUGAGCAUCCAUACCGAGCGGGGACGGUUCGGCAUGGCCGCGCGUUUAGCCAAGGAACGCGCCGAGAUCCUCGAGUCUAUCGCGAACGAGACAACCGGUGGUGCCGCCGCCGACGAGCGCGUCGCCGAAGCAUACCAACAGGCUGCCGAUCUAUACCUUGGCGAGGACGCACGUUCGCACGCGAACUCAUGUCUUGUGAAAGUUGCGGAGUACAAAGCGCUAGCAGGAGACUACGCACAAGCGAUUCAAGCGUUCGAGCAGGUCGCCAAACUCUCCCUCGAGAACGCUCUCCUCAAAUAUCAUGCGAAGGAUACACUCAUGCGAGCCGCCAUGUGCCAUUUGUGCGCCUCGGAUGAGGUUGGAGCGCGGCGGGCGCUUCAGAACUACCUGCAAUGGGAUCCGUCGCUGGCGGGGUCCCGUGAGGAGCGCUUCCUCCAGGACCUCAUGGACGCAGUGACGUCGGGUGAUAUUGAGGCGUUUACGCAAGUUGUCUCCGAAUAUGACUCGAUUAGUCGUCUGGAUCCAUGGAAGACCAGCAUGCUGCUUCGAGUCAAGAACCAAUUACGGCAAGCCGAGGAGGAUCUUACCUGA